AUGUCCUGUAUGUGUUCCCCAUCAGGUAAAGGUGAAAGCAUUUGGGAUUACUACCUUCAUAAUUAUCCAGAAUCGGACCCUGAUGGUGCAAACGGAGACAUCGCAUGCGACUCUUACCAUAAAUACGAGGAAGAUGUUCGGCUGCUCAAAGAACUUAAUGCCAACGUCUACAGAUUUUCAAUUUCUUGGCCUAGAAUACUCCCAACGGGAGAUAUAUCACAGAUCAAUGCUCCUGGAAUAGAUUAUUACAACAAGCUCAUCAAUCUCCUGCUGGAAAAUGGCAUUGAACCUUUGGUGACCAUGUACCAUUGGGAUCUACCGCUAGCUUUGCAAUACAUCGGUGGCUGGACUAAUCCCAUAUUGGCAGACUAUUUCGUCGAAUACGCGCGAAUACUAUUCGACAACUUCGGUGACCGAGUGAAGUGGUGGACCACAUUUAACGAGCCGCCAGUGAUCGCUUGGGGCUACAGCUGUGGCAUAGGGGAGGGCCCGGCACCCAACCAGAACGCUUCCGGGAUCGGAAACUACCUGACGGGUCACACUAUUCUCAGAGCCCAUGCUCUUGUCUACAGACUGUACGACGAGCAGUACCGAGCCACACAGAACGGCACUGUCGGCAUCACGCUCAACACAGACUGGUACGAGCCCUUGAGCGACUCUGAGGAAGACCACGCUGCCUCCGAGCGGAUGCUACAGUUUCAGCUGGGGCUGUUCGCGCACCCAAUCUUCAGCUCCUCUGGUGACUACCCUGCAGUGGUGCGCGAGAGGGUGGACGCAAACAGCAUAGGAGAGGGUAGACCGCGCUCCAGGCUGCCCAGCUUCACGCCAGAGGAGGUUGAAAGCAUAAGGGGAAGUGCUGACUUUCUCGGCAUUAACCACUACAGAUCGUAUUAUACAACAAGUGGUGAAAGUGGGCUCUCUCCCUCUUUAGACAGAGACUCUGGAGUCAUCAGGUCACAACUUGGGGAGGUGGCGUGGGGAAUGCGUAAACUUCUGAACUGGAUAAAAGCGGAAUACGAAGAUUAUCCCGUCUUCAUUACUGAAAAUGGUCACGAAUCGUCAGACCUUGGGCUGAACGACACUGCUCGUGUUGAGUACUACAAGAAUUACCUUACCGCCUUGCUGGAUUCCAUUAACAUUGAUGGGUGUCGAGUUAUUGGAUAUACUGCGUGGACUCUCAUGGACAACUACGAGUGGGGCAGAGGACUGUCGAUGAGAUUAGGCCUGCACUACGUGGAUUUCGACGACCCAGAGCGCCCAAGAACGGCUAGAGAUUCUGCCAAGUACCUGUCAACUGUGUACAAGUCGAAGCGUUUAUAGCUAAGUUAUUCGUCGCCAAGUCUGAGAAGACUUGGGCUCUAGUGUCAUUGCACACGUCAGUAAAGGGUAUUUCAAGGGGUAUUCGGCGCUCAUACAAUUUUUUUGGUUGCUACAGCACUGUAACAAAUAAAAUAUUUGCAAUCAGUUCCAGGGAAUGAAUGUGACAAGUCACUGUUAGCGUAAUAACGACAUCUCCUUCAAAUGCAAUGAAAGCAAGAAAUUUUAAACCUUCAACAUGUACUACCUCAACCAUACUAAUUAAAUUUGCAUGACUAAUUGAAAAAUAAUAACAUUAUUCUGCUAUUUUUUUAAAAUUAUUAUUAUUAUCAUAACUUCAUUGAGAACAUUUUAC